UUUCGCAGUUUCCUUGCGUUCUUGGUGGGGUAUCAGUAACAAAUUCGUAUAAAAUGUAUUUGUUAUAAUUUAUCUUAAUAGUCAAACGUAUAAUUGAACAAACAAUAUUAUUGUGAAUGUGAUAGUGAAAAGCAACGUGAUUUAAAACUACGUAAAUUAUCUAUCUUCCGGGGUAUAAGGCAAUGCAAAUUGUGAUUUCUAUCGUCGAGGAGGUAUUUUUAAUAAAAUAAACUGUAGUAAAUAUACAAAAUGGGUAAAUUAUUGAGUUUGCUUGCUCGAGACGAUUCGAAUUGCUGUUCAUCGCCACGAUACGAUAUAUUUUUGGAUUUUGAGAAUGCUGCGCCCACUGAUACAGAGCGAGAUGUGUAUGAAGAAGUGCAAAGGGUUUUGUUUAAUUCCGAUAAGAUAUUAGAAGAAAUACAAUGUUAUAAGGGUGCUGGAAAGGAGAUACGAGAGGCGAUAGCUGACCCUUCUACGAUUACUCAGGAAAGAGCCUGGCGCGCCGUAAAACCUUUAGUUGACAAACUCCUGCGGUUCUAUAACCACUCCUUGGAAUUGCAACGGGUGGUGCCCAGAGUGUUGGGCUCGCUAGUCGGCGGAGGGAUGAGUCCAACCCAGCAUCUAGAGCAGCAGCAGGCGCUGGUGAAACAAUUUGCAGAAAUCCUGGAGUUUGUCUUAAAGUUCGACGAGCAUAAGAUGAAAACACCAGCCAUCCAAAACGACUUCAGCUACUACCGGCGUAUCGUAUCCCGAGGUGGUCUCAUCAACGCAGACCUUCCGCCAGGGGAAGAACCCCACAUAGGCGCAGAAGUCGCUAACAGAAUGUCGUUAUUCUAUGCGCAAGCGACGCCGAUGCUAAAGGUUUUGUCAGAAGCGACCAGCCAGUUUGUGAAUGAUAAUCAGCAGGACUUGGAAAAUACCACGGAAACAUUAAGCACAAUGGCCAAAGUCUGCUUGAGGAUGUUAGAGAAUCCGAAACUAGUAGCACAAUUUAGCCGCGAAGAAACAUCACUACUCGUUCUUCGCGUGAUGGUGGGUUUGAUAAUUCUCUACGACUGGGUACAUCCCUCGGGCGCCUUCUGCCGUUCCUCUUCAGUGGAUGUUAAAGGAUGUGUCAAAUUCCUCCAACAGCAACCUCCACCCAAAGCGGAACCUUUGUUAAACGCCCUGAGAUAUACCACCAAGCACCUGAACAGCCAAUCGACGCCAAGGAAUAUUCGGGCUUUGUUAGCCGCGUGAGGACAGCAUUCGAGCUUUGCAUGUUGCUGUGGGGAAUGAUGUGACAAUAAUACAUGGGGAUUUCUCGUUGGCAUUUCAGUUGCAUAGCGCCGUUUGAGUACCAGGGAAUCAACGGUUACAUUCAGAGUCGAAACUAAGCGCGAACUAUGACUGCGAGUUGGAGUUGAAGUUAGCGCUGUCUCGACUCUUUCUGUUUGUACCCUCAAUUCUCUGAUGCUCAGGUCUUAAAUCGUUAAAUCGGUUGACACUCUGCUAACUUAUAUUUUCGUGUUUGAUUUCAUGCCUUUAAAGUUCCUUGUGCGAUUGAGUUUCAACCGAUUUGCAAAUUAAUGUUAGUAUAAGAUAUGGAAAGAGGGGUUAUUCAUGAAAUUCAAGUAAAAUAUUGUGAAUAACCCUGUUGAAAGUUGUUUUAAAGGAUUGCGUGUCCUUGUUUUCCUGCUUCUUCGUGAUAUUGACAUUAUGAAACUAUUUUUAAUUUUGCGUUUUAGGACUGCCAAGCCCAUAAAUGUACUGAGAGUUUGGGUUUAUUUCCAAUUUUGGCAGCCGGCAUUUACCUAUAAAUAUAUAUAGUUGAACAAAUUAGUACACUUUAGACGAAGCUUCAAAAGCUAAUAUAUUUUUUGAGAAAUCAUUCCCUCCCCCACUCAAAUGCAAAGUUACUUCACAACGUACAGAAUUUAUAUAAUAGUCGCUAACUGUUAGAAUUAAGAUACUAAAGUCUAUUGGAGUAGGAGAGAGUAUUAACUAUGUUAAGGAAUAAUAAUUAUCUUUUAAUUGGUUACCACAAAUAUUGUGCAAUAUGAGUCCCAGUGAACCUCCCUGAACGACUCCUCUAUGGGUUAUAAAAAGGACUUGACUGUGCUGCAGUUACGACUUAUUUGUGCGAUGACCAUACUUCCCUUAAGUUUAUCUACUUGUUAAAUAAUCUGGUUAGAAGUAUUUAUGUCAUGGUAUGGUAAAAUAAUGGAUGAAAUAUUUUUGGUAACCCAACGAAUUAUAACUAACACGUAAAUCUAAGGUAACAAUUUAAAACACGGGAUUGUUCCCUACCACUAAUCUAGACCGUAUAUCCUAGUCGAAGUAUAGUGGUAAAUGUUUCCAAAAUAUCGUAUAUUGCAUUGCCUCAAAUUUUGUGGUACCGUUUGAUACAUUUUUACAAUAUAUUUUACGCUAUAUAUUAUUGUUAAGCCGCAUACGCUCAAUUUAUCUGGUCAGAGUAUUUGAUUCAUAAAUGCUAAAACAAGUAAAUCUUUACCAAAUUAACGUAAAGAUUUUGGAAUUAUUAAUGUAAAAGUAGUGUUUCUAGAUUUUCGUUUUGAAUGAGGCCGAAUGAGUCUAGUCUUCCAUUUCAUUCUCUAUAAUUCACUAAGCAAAGCAGUUUUUAAACCCAUCUCAGUAAUAAUUAUAAUUUUAAUAAUCUUUGAUUACAUUAGAUUGUACUGAGCAUGUAUUGAAUAUUUCGUAGUUAUUAGAUAAUUGCACAAAUAGCACAUUAAUGUUAUUUAAUCAUGUAGUUAUUUUGUCCUAAUUCUGAUGUUCAAAAAUUUUUAAAUUGUAUACUUUACUAGAAAGACCGCUUUGGUCUCUCAUAUGAAAAAAUACAAUUUAAGUUUUGAACAACAGAAUUACUAUAAUCUUGUUGAAUUUAGUAAUGUGCGUAUCGCACAAAUUGAAUAAAUCUGCCACUGCCCAAUUGAUAAUAUUGUAUUUGACCUUUUUUCUAGAACAAAAUUUAAUAAAAUAUAUAAGAACUCAUUUAAUGAAAUAUUUGAUGUUAAGAUUAUUUGUCUGUUAGGUGUUCCUCCUAUACUGUAGCGAUUAAAGUUGAAAAGCAUUUAUUACUUUGGCAAUACUCAUCUUUAAUCAUAGUUAUUGUAUGUAGUUAGUCUUCAACUGUUAGUAGCUAAUGUAAAAUUUAUAUAGAUUUAUUUGAAAAUUUUAUUGUCUUACAUCAGAAUUUUACUAUGUUAAUUCUACUUAAUGUUGUCUAUUUAAAGCGCACUAUCUAUUACUUAAUUAUACAAACUUGUGAUAGUAUAUUGAAUUGCAAAUAGUUAAUUUGUAAACAAUAUUUCAUAUUUACUAGAAAAAUUAUUGCUGCUUUCAUUGGUUAACACUUAGAACUAAUUUUUAAGUUUUCAUUUAUUUAUUAUAUAGUAAAAACACCAAAGUUAUAAAUAAUAAACAUAAUAGUAACUUAAA